GUUAUAACUUAUGAGGUCACCAGCUCGUGUUCUGUUUUCUCAGCUUUCUCUUUGUAAGUACCCAAGAUCUGAGAACGCAAUGUCAACGCAAAUUGACUUGGAGGGGCAAUGUGCUACGAAUCUGUUCAAUCUCAAGAAUGUCGUCGCGGUUGUAACAGGUGGUGGGAGCGGUAUCGGACUGAUGAUAAGUUCGACCUUGAUUGCUAAUGGGGCCACAGUGUACAUAAUUGGACCUAAACAAGCCGACCUUGAUAGGAUUUGUGGCAUAUACAACGAUGCUAGCACCAAUUUAAAAUCUGGAUCUGGUGGUAAGAUGUACGGACUCGAAGGUGAUAUCAGUUCCAAGACUGAAGCCAAGAGACUUGCAGAAGAAGUAGCAAAAGUCCAGCCUUAUGUUACUGUCCUCUUCAACAACGCCGGUAUACAGGCAGGUCAAUUCGUCCCUCCUUCUGAAGCCUCUGCCGCAGCCUACGUCUCGGCUUUCUUCGACAAGAUCGAGCCACAAGACUUCAACAACGUUCUCAAUACCAAUGCCGUCGGCGCAUACUGGUUGACCUUUGCGUUUCUACCUCUGCUAGAGAAGUGGAAGAAUUCGGACGAAGAAGUGACGAAGAAAUUCGUACCCCAAGUGAUUAUGACAAGUAGCAUGAAUGGGUGGACCAAAGAUUCCGCCACAUCUGGCCGUUCGUAUCCAUACAUGUUCAGUAAAAGCGCCAUUGGGCAUGCAACUUCCUCUUUGGCACAUGAGCUGCUUCCCUUAGGCAUUCGGGUUAAUGGGAUAGCACCUGGGCUUUUUCCCACUGAGAUGUCGCUACCUGGACACUCAAACGAAGCUGGUAUUGCGGUCGCACCUUCCGACAAGAAAUGGGGAUUCGAAAUUCCGACUGUAAAGACAGGUGGAACAAAACACGAUGUCGGUGCGCUGGCGCUGUGUUUAAUCACCAACUGGUUCAUCAACGGAGAGACUGUGCUGAUUGACGGUGGCACAUUGUUGAAACACCCGUCUUCGUAUUGAUGUUUUUCGAGCCAACGAAUCCUGGAAGAAAGUCAAACUAUUGCUUUGCUCAAGGACUGUCGAUAUAUGCUUGCUGUAACUCAUGACUGCCUUUCAUCAUCUGCCGCGCUAAGCCGCGUUGUGUAUAUGUACCUGAAGGAAAGUGUACCGUACAUUCUUUGUCCUGAUUUGGACUUCGUAAAGCCAGCUUUGACCAUGUGCUGAGUUUUGCUCCCGCAAUUAUUGAUGAAUUAUGGAAGUGAAGAUAAUCCAGUAUGUUAAAGGG